UUCAUUGCAGGAUUGUGGUGCUGAGCAGGGAUGAAGGGGAGCUGGCUCUGCAGACAGGCAUCCCUGCAGCUAUUUACUAAGCAGUGUCACAGACUGGCAGUGCAGAGGACCUGGAGGAAAGGUUUUCUAACUUCAGCAACUGAACCAUCCAGCUAUGACGUCAGGCGCGUGGAUAUCACGCCAUCGGAUCAGAGAAGGCUAACAUUUGAUACUCAUGCCUUGGUGCGAGAUCUUGAGAGUCACGGCUUCGAUAAAGGUCAAGCUGAGACUAUUGUGUCUGCCUUGGCAACGCUGACGAACACAAGUAUAGACACUGUCUACAAGGACAUGGUGACAAGAGCGCAGCAGGAAAUAACUAUACAGCAGAUAAUGGCCCACUUGGACUCAAUACGUAAAGACAUGGUUAUCUUGGAAAAGAGCGAGUUUGCCACCCUGCGGGCUGAAAACGAGAAAAUGAAAAUUGAAUUGGAUCAUGUGAAACAGCAUCUCCUGAAUGAAACCAAUAGGAUCCGUGCAGACACCAAAUUGGACAUCAAUCUUGAAAGGAGUCGUUUGGCAGACAUGUUUACUGAGCAAGAAAAGAAGCUAAUGGAAACCAACACAGAAUUUCAUAAAAAGAAUGCAAGUACAGAUGGCGUUAUUACAGAAAUUCACAAGAAGAUAGAUAUUGACAUCGCUUCUCUCAAAACACUUAUGGAAUCUCAUAAACUGGAUACAAUCCGCUAUCUGGCAGCUUCUGUAUUUACAUGCCUGGCAAUAGCCUUGGGAUUUUAUCGACUGUGGAAAUGAAAAAGAAAAGUCUUCCAUACGAAAACGUUUGUAUAUAAUAAGAAUGCAUACAAAUGCAAUGUUUCAUUUAAAUUACAGCUGCAAAUAUACCAAUUCCCUGUGUAUCGCUCAUAUUUGAAUAUGGUUUUGCUAUGUGUGGUUCAAUCUACCUGGGAACAUGAAAGGGCGGCUAAUUCGAAGUUCUUUCUAAUCGGUCUCCAUCUGAUAAGUUCAAUGUUGCAUUAUUGAUAGCGGAUUAGAUUUGGGUGAGAAAUGUUCAAAGUCUUGGAUUUGGGGUGGACGCAGCUACUAAUACCGCCCGGGUAUCCAGAGCACUGCCCUAGUAAGAGGGUCCCAGGAGAGUUUCCAGGUAUGUCUGUGAACCCUGUCUUGCGCCAUUGCUAUGUAAUGCUGAUUGACGCACAAUAAUAUCAAUAUUUUUUGUUACUAUCCUACUUACUGCGGUUAUAACAAAAAUAGCACAAUUGCCGAAAAUAUGAAAAAACUCCAUUAAAAGUGCCUUUGUCUAAUGAUUGUCAUCAGACCAGUAUAUUUUCUGUAUAUUAUGAGUAUUAUAUUGAGUAAUAAAUGCACUGAACAUUUAAGAUUAAA